AUGCCCAUUCCCCCAAGUAUUUCCAGUAUCCACGCAUUGCCCCAGCCUCAUAUCUCCCCANCCCUGCCCAUCCAGCCCAGGAAGAGGUAUGUGUUCACCUGGCACUGCCCCAAUGGCCCUGGCUCCUCCUGCCCCUUCGUCAUCGACACCUCUGGUGCUUAUUUCCGUCCGGAUGGCGCUGCUGGGAACUACCUGGGCGGGAUGAGCCCCUCUGAGGAGGAAGAGCCGGAUCCCAGCGAUCUCUCGGUGGAUCACAAUUAUUUCCAGGAGCAGAUCUGGCCCUGCCUGGCUCAGCGUGUCCCAGCCUUUGAAUCCCUGAAGGUCAGGGGCUCUUGGGCAGGGUACUACGACUACAACACCUUCGACCAGAACCCGGUGCUGGGCCCGCACCCCCGGCUGGAGAACCUGUUCUCAGCUGCGGG